AUGGCAGGGGACGGGCGGGCGGGUGGGGAUGCCCUGCGCAUCCUGCUGAAGCGUCGCCGUACAGAGAUUGCCCUGGCCGUGGACAGCGCCUUCCCACUGCUGCAUGCGCUGGCUGACCACGACGUGGUUCCCGACGACAAGUUCCAGGAGACGCUGCGACGGCAGGUGCAGGAGGGCUGCCCGCAGGCCAUGCAUGCACUGCUCUCCUGGCUGCUCACCCAGGACGCGCCCACCAUCCUGGGCUUCUGGAAGGUUCUCUUCAAGGACUACAACCUGGAGCGCUACGCUGGUCUGCAGCGGGUCCUGGACGGCUUCCCCCGAGAUGUGGACGUCAGCCAGCCCCGGAGGGGGAAGAAGCCCCCCACGGUGGCCCCCAAGGCCUCUGCUCUGCAGCCGCCUCCCAGACCCCCUGCCAAGAGGAAAGUGGCCGAGGAGCCUGGGGCCGCCCUGCCAGCCCUGCCCACUCGGGGCCCCAGCCCAGGAACCCACCUCAAGCCCAAGGCCCCCAGGAAGCCAGAGAGCAACUCGGACCAGCUGCGCCUCCCUCUGGGCACCGGGAUCCAGACCGUGUUGGCCUCGGUCCCAAGAGCCAUGGCUGUGUCUGCCGGGGACGCCCCUGGAGCCCGGGGGGCGGUGGAGGGGACUGUCGCCCAGCAGACGUUUGAGUCAGGCGGCUCCAGGUGUAUCCAGGUGGGAAGAGAGUUUUACAACCCCCGAAAGCUCGAGGACCCUGGCGGACGCAAGAGCAAGACCCGCAGCAGCAGCGGCAGCGUUGCGGGUGACGGCGGCCUGAAGACCCCUGUCCGAGCCAGGGAACCCCCCGGGGCUACCUUCGUAAGCACUGACCCCUUCUGGGGUUCUGACAGCGGCACCCCCGACCACCAGGGGCAGCAGCGUGGCGUGGGCAGCGGCCGCUGGGCUGCCACUGAACCUCAUUACUCGCAGGGUGAAGGUGACCCCCGGGACUCUGCCCCUUCUGAACUCCCCAGAGAGCCACCGCUGCACCAGAAGAACGAGGAUGAGUGUGCCAUCUGCCAGGACGGUGGGGAGCUCAUCUGCUGCGACGGCUGCCCCCGCGCCUUCCACCUGGCCUGCCUGUCACCCCCACUGCUGGAGAUCCCCAGCGGAACAUGGCGGUGCACAGAAUGCCUGAGGAGAGGAGACUUGUGGGAAGUGCCCCAAGCCCAGGAGCCCCCCACGGGGCCAGCAAGCACCCCGGUCCUCCUGGCACUGAGGCCAGCCGCAGAAGAGGCCAGGGGCCAGCCCAGAGGACCGGGAGACAUCGGGCUGACUUGUGAACACCAGCUGAACCCCCCUUCCACAGCCCCCCUGCCCAUCCUGGACCCCUCAGCCCUGAACCCCCUGCUGUGUGGGGGGCCCAGGCAGCUGCAGGGCUCUGGGGGUGCACGCUGCAUGGUGUGUGGGAAUGGCGGGGACACGCUGCACUGUGCCAUCUGCGCCACAACCUUCCACUGGCACUGCCACUUCCCUGGGGCUGCCCCCUGGCCAGGGGCCGCGCCGCGCUGCAAAGCCUGCGCCGAAGGGGCCCCCGCGCCCGCCAAGGCUGGGGAUGAGACUGCUACCCAGGGGCAGGUUCUGCACAGGGAUGACCUGGAGUCCCUGCUGAGUGAGCACCCCUUCGAUGGGAUCCUGCAGUGGGCCGUCCAGAGCAUGAGCAACCCCCUGGCCAAGACACCCACCUGUCCCUCCUGAGCCAGGUCACCUGGCCAGGAGUCCCUG